GAGUCGGUUAGGGUAGUUUCGGAGGGUCAGAGGGCCUAUAUAAGGCAGAAAUUUCCCAGUAACCGGCUUGGGGCAGAAAAGAAGAUACAAAGCCGUAGAAGAGGGCUCUUUAUCUUUGAGCGAAAGAGGAUGGAUCGGUACCAGAGAGUAGAGAAGCCAAAAGCAGAGACUCCAAUCGACGAAAAUGAGAUUCGAAUUACCAGUCAAGGGAGGAUGCGCAGCUAUAUCACUUAUGCCAUGAGUCUGCUUCAAGAAAAAGGUUCAAACGAAGUUGUAUUUAAGGCAAUGGGAAGGGCUAUCAAUAAGACUGUGACCAUAGUGGAGUUAAUUAAGAGAAGAAUUGUUGGUCUUCAUCAGAAUACAGCUAUUGGUUCCACAGACAUAACUGAUAUGUGGGAGCCUCUGGAAGAAGGCCUGCUUCCUUUGGAAACCACAAGGCAUGUGUCAAUGAUUACAAUAACACUUUCAAAGAAGGAAUUAAAUACCUCUGCUGUUGGGUAUCAGCCUCCACUGCCAGCUGAACAGUUUAGGGCAUCCACAGAAUUUGAUUAUGAUGGAGAUGGUUCACCUAGUGGCCGGCGUAGGGGUCGAUCAGGCAGAGGAAGGUUGAGAGGAAGAGGGAAUGGUUUUGUGCCUGUUGAGUAUGAAGAUGGAGGUUGGGACCGCAACAAUCGGGGGUAUGCUAGAGGUAGGGGUCGAGGAAGGGGACGUAGUUUCCGUGGCCGUGGGAGGGGAGGAUACAAUGGACCUUAUGUUGAUGGAAACUUCAAUAAUGAAGCACCUGCUCAAGGCAGUGGUCGUGGUCGUGGGAGGGGAUACCGUGGAAGAGGUCGUGGCUACAGAUCAAAUGGACCGAUCCAGGCAGCAGCAUGAGACUAGGUGGUUCUCCCUUCAAUGUGAUGGAAAUGUCUAGUGUUGCCUUACCUGUCUCAUGUCUAAUUGUCUCAUCCAUUUUUAUCCUUUGUCAACAACUGGCAGUGUUGAAUGCCAAUUUUAGGAUAUUGAUAUAAUUAUGUAUUGGUAGUUUAAAACCACUUCACAAGGCAGCCGCAUUUUGUUGUAGAUGAUGAUGUAGGGGAGAUGUUUGUAGAACUCUCAACUUUCUGACUGGGCAGUGAUUCUUUGAUUUUUCUGUU